AUGGCGUCGCCAAUCCAGUCAUCGGAUGAUGAGUUGUCGGUACCGACGGAGGACGUCAGAGAAGAAGAAGGCUCAGACGCAGGACAGGAAAAGGAUCCACUGGAGGUAGUUACCAAGGAUUUUUCGAAAUUUUUCAAUAAUAUCAUUGAUUUGAAAUACAAGGACCUUGCUAGGAAAAAUAAGCUGAAACUGGAAUUCCUAGAAAAGCUGGAAAAGGUGCUAGAAAAAAGGGAACAGGAGAUGUUACAGGCCCAAGGACCUGAGGCAGAGGAUCAGGAAGCUAGAUCAAGGAAGGGCUCGACUUCCACGGAGUCGUCUGCUGGUAGGCAUAGGCUAGCUAGUGUUGGAAGUAGUAAGAAUCCGCAGGAAAGGGCAACAGGACCAGCCUUUUGUCGUCAGACAGCGAAGAAGAGCACAAGGAGAAAUCGCACCGAUUCGCCAAGGAGCGCAACGAAUCCCCCGACAGGACGAGUCUCGAGACAGGAGGAAGUCUCAGGGUGAGCAUCUUAAUUUUUACGGUUGAAACUCCGAUUUUGGCUUUAGACCAAGGAGAUAGGAAAUAUAAGUCUGAGCAGGUUGCGCGCGAGGACUGUAGUGAGGACCCAGGAGUCCUGAAGAUGCUUCUGCGCGCUAUCAACGAACAAAAAUAGGAUUGCAGCGAACCAGGAACGUAGAUCGUUGCUUAGAGAUCCGAAAACCGUUCAAUAGAGAGCAAGGAACCGCUAGAAAUAGGACUUUUUCAAGAAUUUGCGGAUGAAUUUUUGGAACCUUUAUGGCCCAGCGGCACUUUCUGAAGACGAAAAAGAUUGUUAUUUUGGGGCCAGAAACUGAAAGGCGAGACAAAAAAACAGCUUUCAAUUCUUUUGCCCGCAGGAAUAAAAAGCGCAAGGACUAGCAGCUAUUCUCACGGAACUUGCCGACCGUGAGGAAAAGAAGAGCAACUCUUUAGUCAUUGAUAGGCUAACUAAGGUCAGCAAACUUAGCUUUGUCAGAGUAGCCAAUGUAGAGGAAGCAUGCUUUUUGAUUGAGGACCUUCUUCCAGCAGAAGGAAUGACGGCUAGAGCCAAGGAUUUAGAGAGGGCUGGAUUCCUCUGUGUAUUGCUAGCUAGCAAAUGGUCGUCCACAGACAUUUCGUUGUUGCGCAAUGAGAUGGACCGUGUCCAACCUGGUGAAGUUUUUGCUGCUAUUCACCAGCUUGCACUCAGUAUUGAGCGAUCGAAAAACAUGAUCGAUGUAGGAAGCCGGAGUUUUGGAGGGGUUGAACCUUUUGCAAAGCGUAGACCUUGGAGAAAGGAGCAGGAAAAUUUUGCAAACCCCAACCGGCCUGGGCUAGAGGAAGAGCAGGAGCACCUUCCGGCUAGAAAGUGGACGAACCAAAGUGGAAACAAGUCGUUUAGUCAUGGACAUGAUCAGGCAAACGCAGGUUUCAGAAAUUUCUCGCGAGAUAGAAAUAGAAGAUCCUUCCAUGGUGACAGGAAAGGACCUAGUGGCCGCGCCCUGGCGGACACUACUUGUUUUGGAUGCGGCGAAAAAGGUCACCUCAGGCCGAAUUGUCCAAAUAGACAGGGAAAUACUUCCCAGAGAAAGGAGCAGGUAUCCGGAGCCGCUUCUAGACAUUGGGUCAGGCUCGUACAGGUGCAGGAUGAGGACGUUCCGACGGCGCCGCGCGCUGCAGAUUCUCCCCGCGAAAUUUUGAGCAUUCAAAACCAAACGUUCAGUGCGUUAGUUGACACAGGUGCACAAGUGUCGCUAGCUCCAGCUCAUUUUUUUCGGAAGACCAAGCAGCGAGGGAAUCGUUUUUUUGACAGCCCCGUACAUUCAAAGCCUCAUAAAACCUACCCAGUUAACCCUUUUUGAACGCUAGUAGUGAAGGAAUGAACGUUGUUGGAGAAAACAGUUCUCAAAGUUCAUCUCCCCAGGUUUAAGCGUUGUGUUAAAGUACCUUUUAUACUAGUCCAGGACUUGAAGGAAUUUAUUCUCGGAAUGAACCUAGUUGAAGCUUGUAGAGACUUCUUGGACAUUGACCUAGUGAAAAACGGCGAACCCAUUAUUGACUAUUAGGGAAGGAUUAGUCGUGCCGGCAGGAACUGAAGUUUCCAUGACCAUAGGUAAUGUUCCAAAAAGGAGAAGCUGUGCUUUGGGGAAAUAGACCUGAAGUACCAGACCAAAUUGUUGAAGGCUCUGGUGAAGGAAAAAGCCGUAGUUAGGAUAGUUAACAGGACUAAAACUGACCUCCAAUUACCGGCAGAUACCCCUGAUUGGACUAGUAGAGGUAGUAACUUGUUCAAAAAAAUGCAUCUUUUGCCGGAGCAAUUUAGGAUGCACUUUGAAGGAAGAUGGAAUGACGAAAACCCGUCAGAAAUCAUCUCAGUUUUGGAACAAACUAGUGGAAAAAAACCUUUGUCGGAAAAAGGUGAAAAAGUUAGUUUCCAAGUUUACUGAUGUUUUUUUGUGCAGGACGACAAGGACUUGACGCAGACGCCAGUUUUUUUACUCAUGAUAUCGAGCUUUUUAGAUGAUAGGCCGAUUAGACAAAAAGACUAGGCAUAUCCCUUUCGGACUAAGGAAUGAAUUCAGGAAAACCUUAGACGAAAUGUUGAGUAAAGGAGUAGCAGAACCAAGUAGUUCGCCUUACGCGUCUCCAGUUGUCCUAGUCAAGAAAAAGGAUGGUACUAUUAGGGUCUGUAUAGAUUAUAGGGAAAUCAACAAGGUUAUCAAACAGGACUCGUACCCCCUACCUAAAAAUGGACUCUAUAGUGCAGGACUUAGGCGGAAAUAGGUUUUUCUCGACUUUGGAUCUUUUAGCCGGCUAUUGGCAGAUCCCACUCACUGAGAAAGCCAAGGAAGUCACGGCUUUUACGACCUCAGAAGGUCUUUUUCAAUUUACGGUCCUCCCGUUCGGUCUAGCCACUUCGCCACCAACUUUUCAGCGAAUGAUGGAAAUAGUGCUUAAAGAUCUGAUCAGGGACGGAGGUGUCCAUUGUUACAUUGACGACGUUUUGGUUGCCUCAAAGACGGAAGAAGAACACCUAGAACUUCUAGAGAAAGUCUUGGACGCUUUUAGAAGAGCAGGACUGAGCCUUAAAGCUAGUAAAUGUAAAAUAAUGCAACAACAGGUGAAAUUCCUAGGCCAAAUCAUUGACAGCAAUGGCGUAAGUACGGACCCAGAAAAGAUCGCAGCCGUAAAAGACUUCCCUCAGCCUAGUAAGCGCGACGAAUUACGCUCGUUUUUAGGACUUUGCUCUUUUUAUAGAAAGUUCAUCUUCAAGUUCGGAACUAUAUGCAAACCGUUGUAUGAAUUGAUAAGCGAGAAAGUAAAAUUUGAAUGGACUACGGAAACGUUAGCCGCUUUCGACCAUAUCAAGCAGGAGUUAAUUAAAGCACCAGUUCUUGCGCAACCGGACAUAGAAGGAGCAAUCAACGGAUCUAAACCUUUUAUCAUCUACACAGACGCUAGUAGGAAAGGUAUAGGAGCAGUUCUGUGCCAAAAAGGUAUUGAUGAGUUCUUGCACCCGAUUUUCUUUUCUUCAAAAGGACUUUCGGCGGCAGAAGUUAGGUACGGAAUAACUGAACUGGAGGCGUUAGGAGUCAUCCACGCGGUUAGAAAGUUCCAUCAGUUCAUUUACGGAAUAGGAGCCACUGUGAGGACUGACCAUCAACCUUUUGUUAUGUUUCUUUAGAGAGGUGAACUCAGUCCCAAAGUCAUGCGCUGGGCGCGAUGUGCAGUUAUCAAAUCAACCUAGAAUACGUGAAAAGGCAAAGCUAACGUAGUCGCUGGACGCACUAUCGCGAGGCCCAACGCAGAUACUGGAAAUUGAUCCGAACGAUCAGGACUGUGUAGUAGCCGCUGUGAAACUUGAACUCGAGCAGGACUGAGGACGAGCAAUGGUUAGCAGAGCUCAGAAGACCAAAGAUUGGACCGAAGCCGUAGCAGCCGUAGAACAAGCUAAUGACAGUUUUUCUCUUAAGUUACCAGGAAUAGAGAAAGACUUCGUACAAUCAAAUCACUCGAGGUUCAAAAGGCAUGAGCUUUGGAUAGUAAGGACUAGGUAAAAUGGACUUCUCAUGAGUACCUAAGUCAAAGAAGAGAAAUCUUCCGGCAGAUAGCUCAGGCCCGUUUGGCGUGCACGUCAGAUCCAUGGGAGAAAACUCCCUCCGCAGUUCAUAGAAAAAGGGAAGUUUACAAUUAGGAUAGAAACAUGGCUAAGGACCUUAAGGGACGACUCGCUUGCCAAGGUUGCUUCUUAGCCAAUCCGCACCUAAAAUUGGCGCGCCUCCGCUGAAAGCUAUAGAGGCAAAAUUAAGCCGCUACAACUGGCAGGAGUGGAUAGUGCCGAUGCCAGGACCAGUCAUAACGGAAACAGGUACAUUUGCUAGUCAUAGACGCUUGCUUUUCAAAAUGGGUAGCAGCCUAUCCAGCAGCGGACAAGUCAGCAAAUACCGUAGCUAAACUAAUAGUAGGACGCUGGAUAGGUGAAGCAGGACUCUGUCCAACAUUUUUGCAUUCGGAUCGUGGGCGAGAUCUGAAAAUAAACUCUUAGACGAAAGUUUGUAAUAAAAUCCUGAGUCCAAGAUCUCAUAACACAAAGGUUAUAAUCCACGCUGCCGAAAAUGGUCUCUGGAACCCAGAGCCAUAGGCACGAUUCGUAGGGCGCAUCAAAGAGACAGAGCAGACCCGGCUUCAGUGGGACGUAGAUUUUGCCGUUAGUAGUUCAGGGCGUACAACGCAACUCCUCACGAAUCCACUGGCGAAUCUCCAUUCUAUUUACUUCAUGGCUUUGAUAUAGGACUACCUAUGGAGACAAAAUGGGAUAAAAGCCCAGUUUGGAUAACGGAAAAUCUAGAGGAUUAUAGGUCUACUGUGACUUUAGCAGUGCAGCAGGCUCGCCAACUAGCGCUAGAACGUCUAGAAGUUGAAAGGAAAAAGAUGAAAAAGUUCUACGACGCUAAAUUUAGGGUAGAGGACAAGAAAUACCCAAAAAUAGGUGACCGCGUUUAUGUUAAGCUGCCUGCGGAAGGAAGGCAAUCAGCGCAUAGGAAGCUACUUCCAGAUGUAGGAGGACCGUACAGAGUUAUUGACGCGAGCCAAAACUCAGUUACGUGCACUAGGAUAGGAUCUAACGCGGAACCGCUAACAAUUCCUAUGGAUGGAGUAAUCAUUGUACCUAAAGAAUUGGAUGAUACCCCGACAGUAGUUAAGACUAAAAGAGCGCCGAAAGCCGCUUUUAGGGUAUAAACUUGAGAACUAGGAAAAAGGAACAAAAAAAUGUGUUAACCAGGAUGAAGAUUUGUGUAUUCACGGAUUAGUUACAGGAAAACGGUCAUCAGGACAGUUGGGAAAGGCGUGUCACCGGAAUUCGUGCUCAGCGUUGUCAAACUCCCGCCCAGUCUAGGAUCGCCACAAAACAGGACCUCGAGGCAAACUCCGGCACAAAAAGGCGCAUCGACAUCGAUAACCCUUGCCCAAAUGCUGGAACCGGAGUGGGAGUGCGCGCCGGUGACGAACAUCAGGGCAGGACAAGUACUCCUACAUAAGAUCUCCUGCGGAGGACACGCGCUCAGCGACUUCCUAGAGAUAGGGCACGAUCUGCCAAAAGUCCCAAUAAGAUCGCCAUGGAAACUGGCACAGAUGUACGAAAUCUUUGUACAAGGUCGCCAGCUAGCUCAAGCAGUGGACAUCAUCACGACGAAUAGACUUCUACUGGUGGAGCCGAGCAUUUUAAGAUUAGUACACGCGUACAGAGCUUUUGCUUCCCAGUGCCCGGCAUUCGGCGAACUCUUGACAGCCCAAACGAUAACGACGGCAUCUCUGGCAGCAAGGACGGAGACUAUGAAAAUAGUCAUAGAAGAAGUGUAUCGCCAGGGUCCCACAACAACGAAGCGACAGGUACUUUCGAGAGAUGUCGAUAUGUCAGGACGACAAGUACUCUUUCUACCGAGUAAUUAUGGAUCGUCUCACAAAUUCGCACUGGACCGAUGGCAAUGGAGAAGAAUAAAAAGAACUGGCGAGGCUGCCGCGUUGUUGAAGAAGAUGCGGCUGGAAGACAAGGUGCCGAUUAGAGCGCUCAUCGCAGUCGUGAGUCCUGAAUGGGAUCUCGGCGAAACCGACUACUUCGUCUCCGAACUAAGAGAGCUAGCAGAAACAGGAGCGGAUGUGGCCGUGGUCGCAGGGGGAAGCAGAGUGCACUGGUCGUUGGAGCUACUUGGGAGCGGUUCGCAAGGCUCUACAAGUCAAGGAUAGAAGAGGGCUGAUCGUGACAUCUUUUCCGACGUCGGAGAAUGCGGCCGAAGAGCAGAAGUUGGGGCCCCACAUGGUUUUUUUUGGACUGGCACCUCAACAACCGGCUCGGGAUCAAGCGAGGUCAGCUCAGGAGAUCGAAGGUUUCUUCAAGAAACUAGCCUGUUUCUGCGACGAAAACGCGUUCCCGCGGCUCUCCAUUUCGCUCCACAGGUAAAAACUCAACCUUUGAAUAGGAAAGGAUUAGGUUCUACUGAGUUUUUCUUUUGGAUUAGUAAAGCGCAGGAAUAAUUUUUGGACUGUCGGUCGGGACGGCCUUUUCCUGGGCGGCCGGCAUGUAACAGGAAUUAGAAACUUAGGGAAUAAAAAAAGGAAAAAUCAAAAAGGAUUUUAAAAAGAAACUUAGGAAACAAAAAAAGGAAAAACAAAAAAAGGAUUUUUAAAGAAAGGUUAAAAAGGAAUUUUUCCAGUGCAGUUGCGAGCAAACCGCGCUGCACGACCACUCAAGGGGUAAAACCAAGGGACGAGGAAGCGCCCUCGUCGCGGCGGUCAAAACUAAUCGUUUUUUUGUUGAUCUUCUUUUUUUAAAUUUUUUUGUUUCUUCGUUAAAAAAAGAGCGGGAAACGAAUGGAAAGGUUUUUUUAGGGAAGAGUCUCCUCAGUCGCAACUUUUGUUUGGUUGUUUGACGGGCAAACUCGGUUAA